AUGGACCAAGCAGCGGAGCAACCUCGAAAAUGUCCGGGACUGAAUUGCGAGAACGAUGCGUCGACGUUACAGUGCCCAAAGUGCAAGGAGAUGGGGGUCGACAGUUUCUUCUGUUCCCAGGAUUGCUUCAAGCGAAGUUGGGCCGAGCACAAGACGCUACACAAGAGUACGAACCCUCUGCGAAAUUUCCUUGUUCCGAGUGUCGUUUCUAAAGUAGAUCCAGAAAGCGGCCACUUCAACCCAUUUCCCACAUACCCCUUCACCGGCUCGUUAAGACCGGUCUAUCCACUCUCGCCGAAACGAGAGAUUCCAAAGUCGAUACCGCACCCGGAGUGGUCGCAAGAUGGCAUCCCGAGAUAUCCUUAUGUACGGAAAAACAAUAUCCAAGUCCUCGACGAGAAGGGCAUCGCGGGAAUGCGCAAGGUCUGCAGACUGGCGAGAGAAGUGCUGGACAUCGCCGCUGCGGCAGCCAAACCUGGUGUUACGACCGACCAGAUCGACGAGAUUGUGCACAAUGCAUGCAUAGAACGAAAGUCCUAUCCUUCUCCUCUGAACUACAACCAUUUCCCCAAGUCCGUCUGCACGUCGCCGAACGAGGUCAUCUGCCACGGCAUACCCGACCAGCGAGUCCUACAGGACGGCGACAUCUUGAACAUCGACGUCACGCUUUACCACGAGGGAUACCACGGCGACCUCAACGAGACAUAUUACAUCGGGGACAAGGCCAAGGCCGACCCCGACAACGUCCGCCUCGUGGAGACGACGCGGCAGUGCCUGGAGAAGGCCAUCGAGCACGUCAAGCCCGGCGUCAAGAUUGCAGACUUUGGCGACAUCAUCGAGAAGCACGCCAAGUCACAGCGCCUCAGCGUGGUCAAGACGUACUGCGGUCACGGGAUCAACUCGCUGUUCCACUGCGCGCCCAACGUGCCGCAUUAUGCAAAGAACAAGGCGGUCGGAAAGUGCAAGGCCGGCAUGACGUUUACCAUCGAGCCCAUGAUCUGUCUGGGUCAACACAAGGACAAGACGUGGCCGGACGACUGGACCGCCGUCACCUCGGAUGGCAGCCGUUCGGCACAAUUCGAGCACACGAUGCUGGUCACGGACGACGGCGUCGAGGUUUUGACCGCUCGAUUACCAAACUCUCCGGGUGGCGCGAUACCAAUGCCUUCUCCUAACGGGGAAGCCGCGCACACGAAUGGAGUUGCUUGA